UGGUGUUGUCUUCAUCACUUGUGUUCAACGGUGAAAAUUCAAUUGCACAUCAAAAUCAAGAAGCAGGUACAUCAUUUUGUUCUUUCAUAAGUGGCAUUAGAGAGUAUUUCAAGCAAGUUGUGUGUUUUUUUUCUCAUUCUCUCAACUGUUUAAUUCUGAAUUCAACUGAUGCCGAAACGAGAAACUCUGCUUGGUAAUAAAUUUUUUUUUUUUUUUUAAGUUAAGAAUAAAGGUUUGUGGUUAUUCCUAGCUUAAUCAGUACUUGGAUGAAUGCGUUGGACCAUCUUAUAUGCUUUUCUUCAUGGUCUUUGUUUCUCUUUGAUUUAAUUCAAGUUUCCCUCCAUCUGUUGUUCAUCAUUAUUAUGGAAUAAUAUGGAUUACAACCAAGGCAUACCUGGAGAUGGAAGAUGUUUGUUCCGGUCUGUGGUUCACGGUGCUUGUCUAAGAGCAGGGAAGCCAUCUCCAAGCGACGCUCUUCAGAGAGAACUUGCAGAUGAGCUUAGAGCGAAAGUACAAAAUGAACUCAAUUUUAUACCACUUGUAGCAGAUGAGUUCAUUAAAAGGAGGGCAGACACCGAAUGGUUUCUUGAAGAUGAUUUUGAAACGUAUGUUGUACAGAUGCGACAACCGCACAUUUGGGGAGGCGAACCUGAGUUGCUUAUGUCCUCACAUGUCCUAAAGAUGCCGAUUACAGUUUAUAUGCGGGACAAUGAUUCUGGUAGCCUGAAAAUCAUAGCUGAAUAUGGUCAAGAGUACGGUAAGGAUAACCCUAUCCGUGUACUUUAUCAUGGUUAUGGACACUACGAUACAAUGCGCGGUUCGGCUACUGGUGCACAGUCCAAGUUGUACAAACAGAGAUGAACAGAGAUGCAUUGGGCUGUAGCCUCUGUAGUCAUAUUCAGCAUCUCGAAUUGUAUUCCUGUUCUUUGCUUAUAGUAGCUACUGUUUCGAGAAAUGGGCACUAUCUGAAAACAAGAUCCUCAAAAAA